CCGAGGCUUUUCAGAUAUUGGUUGAUCUUUGGAGAGCUCGGGUAGAACUGGAAGUUUUCGUUUGGAGUUCGUGGUCUAGAACCUCAAGUGCACAGUCAGUGGCGGUGAUUAAUUGAGUGGAAACCGGAUUUGCGAGAUAGUGUCGUUUGAUUAAAUUGAGGUAGUUCUACACGAACGCGAACAAAAUGGAAAAUUCGGUUAACAAGUUGGUUUUGGUUGUGGUUCUGCAAGUGUUGUUGGCUUUGCAGCUAUGUUCGACGGAAAAGUUUGAUGUUAAACCUGCCUUCAUUAAAACAUGCAGAUUUUCGGACGCAGAUUUUGUAGCCUGCUCCACUGAGUCAGUACAAGGAUUAUUCGAUAAACUUGUGACAGGAAUCGAAGGCCUGGAGCACGUGGGAACAAUCGACCCGAUGAAAAUCAGCAAAAUCCGUAUCCUCCAAGGGGACGGCCCCGUCAGCGUCAACGCGUCCCUCUCCAAAGUGGUGGUGACCGGAUUUUCCAAUACGAAAGUAGUUCGCAAUGUUGUCAGCAGUCGGGACUUCAGCUGGGAGACGCAUAUCCGGUUGCCGAAGAUGCGCAUCGAGGGCAGCUACCACAUGCAGGGUCGCAUCCUGGUGAUUCCGUUGAACGGCCACGGCAAAUGCUGGUUCGAACCGAGUGACAUGGACAUCAUCAUGAAGACGACCACCUCUCUGUACGAGCGGGACAACCACGUGUUCUACAACGUCACGGCCACCAAAGUGGACUACACCAUUUCCGGUCUGAAGCUGCACAUGGGUAACCUGUUCGAGGGUGUCAAAGUUCUCGAAGACAGCACCAACCAGUACCUGAACGACAACUGGCGACCCGUUUCGGAAGCGCUGAAGCCCAUCAUUGCCAAAACCAUCGAGGACAUCCUGCUGGCCAUCAUGCAAAACAUCUUCAUCCAACUUCCGGCCGAGUAUUUCGUGGCUGAUCUACCGCGAUCGGGUUGAGCACGCCCGGCAGGCAAGGUAAGAUCCCCGUGAAUUCAUUUUGUAUCGAUUGCAACAUCAUUCCUAUAACCGUUUGUUGUGUAUGUAAAUAAAUUUCCAUCGUGUUUCGUAAAACUGAA